AUGGUGCUUCUGAGAUCCCUCUGCCGAACCGCUACGGCGGCCUCCGUCGCUGCGCUCCGAUCGUCGAGAUCCGUCGUUUCUAAUCAGCUAUUGCGCAAUCGUUUCCUCUCGACGCGAGGAUUCUUCGCUGUUUCUUCAUUUCCUUCCAAUCGAACUCCUUAUGAUCGCCAGUAUCUUCGUGCGAUGGAUAUUGGACAAGUGCGCAACUUUAGCGAAGAUGUGUCUCACAUGCCCGAAAUCAAAGACAGUGAUAUUGUAAAUGCUUUCAAGAACUUAAUGGCUGCGGAUUGGGCAGAGCUACCUUCUUCUGCUGUUCACGAUGCCAAAACCGCAAUAUCGAAAAACACAGAUGACAAGUCAGGGCAAGAGGCCUUAACGAAUGUGUUCCGAGCAGCUGAAGCUGUUGAAGAAUUCGGUGGAAUUCUCACUUCCCUUAAGAUGGAAAUCGAUGAUAGCAUUGGAAUGAGUGGCGAGAAUGUGAAGACCUUACCAGAAGAUAUAACCGAUGCGCUUCGUGCUGCUUAUCAGAGGUAUGCUGAAUACUUAGAUGCCUUUGGACCUGAAGAAGUUUACUUGAAGAAGAAAGUCGAGAUGGAGUUGGGAACAAAGAUGAUCCACUUGAAGAUGAGAUGCAGUGGGCUUGGUUCAGAAUGGGGAAAGGUUACUGUUCUUGGAACCUCAGGACUCUCAGGGUCUUACGUGGAGCAAAGGGCAUAA